GCCAUCGCGUCAUCUCAUCUGGCCAGAUAGAUUCAUUCCUCCACGACCCGGCGAUCAUGGCUGCAUCAACACAGAAAGCCAUCUUCUUUGAUCUCGUGGGAACGUGCUGCGACUGGCUGUCGUCGCUGCUGCCCGCCCUCCAGUUGUGCCCGCCGCACCCUUCAUUGCAUCCAGCCAACACCAAACUCCGGGAGCUCGCGAUAGCAUGGCGCCAAGGCUUCUUCGAGGAGAUUCAUGCUCGCUUCAACCGUGGAGCGCCGGCUGAAGACAUCGACGUUACCCAUCGACGGGUGCUUGAUCGGCUACUCAAAGAACGCGGGAUUGGCCUCGAUUUCUGGGAUGCAGCAGUUCGCGACCAGCUGGUGCACCAAUGGCACUUGCAGAAGCCUUGGGCGGACGUGAUUCCCGCUCUUCACCAACUGCGAAUGGAUCAAAAGUGUUUUCUCAUCGUCCUUGCAAAUGGCACAACCCGCCUGCAGCUGGAUAUUGCGCAGUCUUCCGCUAUCCCAUUCCACAUGCUGCUAUCUUCCGAGCUCCUGGGCUUGACGAAACCGGAUCCUGCCAUGUACCGGAAAGCAAUGGAACUUGCCCGACUGCCGCCUGAGGAUUGCUACAUGCUCGCCUCGCAUCUGUAUGAUUUGGAAGCAGCAAAGGCCGUCGGGAUGAGCACCAUAUAUAUUCACAGAUCGACGGAAGACGUCGGCGUCGAGAUAGAACUCCAUGACAAGCACGGCUAUGUCGACCGCUACUUCGAUGGAAGAGAGGACCGUCUAUCUGACUCAAAGAGUGGGCUGAUAGCCGCCGCCGGACAAUUGAUAGAGGAUUGGACGAGCGUCGAACCCGUCGCGGACGAAUCUUUGCUCGAUGACUUUGAAGCAUACGAGUCGAUCCUGGCGCAGCUGGGAGACCAUUCGCUGUAAACAGCAUACAGCUCUCUGGCAUUGUUUUGGUAAGUGCAGUGGUUGGAAGGCGGCCCUAUAUUAAGAUUACACAUUAACCUAUUUCCAGGUCCGUCCUUCGUUGCCGUCGAUCAAAUUGGAUACAUGAACCCUUUUGUACAUCAUAAAACGUUGUUGCCCGUCGAAUGAACAAACCCGUCUGGAUAACACCCAACACCAGUCUAGCCAAGGCAAGCC